AUGAGCGGUUUUAAUUUUGGAGGCACUGGGGCCCCCACAGGCGGGUUCACCUUUGGCACCGCGAAGACCGCAACGACCACGGCCACUACGGGCUUUUUUUCCUCCACGUCCGGCACUGGCGGGUUUAGCUUUGGGAUUCCCUCCCAGUCAGCCGCCAGCACCCCUUCCACCAGCCUGUUCUCACUCAGCACCCAGACUCCCGCGACACAGACCCCGGCCUUCAACUUUGGGACCACGACGCCUGCAGCAGGAGCCACCGGAUUUUCCUUAGGGAGCAACACCCCAAAGCUGAGCCUGGGCAGCGCGGCCGCGGCGCCGGCCCCGACGCAGCCUGGCGGCUUCGGGCUCGGGGGCAGCACGCUCAGCGGUGCAGUCUCCAUCACCAGCACAUCCGCCCAGGGUGCGGCGCCCAGCGGCUUUGUGUUUGGCUCCACCACUGCAUCUGCCGCCCCGCCCACCACGUCCACGUCGGGGGGCUUCUCGUUCACGAGUGGGAGCGCAUCCCAGACGGGGACCUCUGGCUUCAACGUAGGCUCCCUGGGGGGCCCGGCCCAGCCUCCAGCCCUCAGCGGGCUGCCCUUCACCGCUGCCACUCCGGCGGCUACCGGAGCGGGAGCCGCCCAGCCGGCCGCGCCCACCCCAGCCGCCACCACCGCCAGCGCCGGGCCCUCGCUCUUCACCUCGCUGGCAGCCACUCCCACCUCGUCCGCCGCCACCGGGCUCUCCCUUGGCACCCCAGCGACCACUGCGGGGACAGCGGGAGCAGGGACGCUGGGCUUCAACCUGAAGCCCCCCGGAGCAGCUUCCACCACUUCCACGGCGACAACCACCACGACCACGACUGCCGCCACUACCAGCACCACCGGCUUCUCCCUGAACAUAAAGCCGCUGACUCCAGCCGGGAUCCCCAGCAACACGGCGGUCUCUGGGAGCGCGCCCUCUGGCCCCAACGCGGCUGCUGGGGGGUCGGCCAGCGCUGCGCUGACCUACGCCCAGCUGGAGAGUCUCAUCAACAAGUGGAGCCUGGAGCUGGAAGACCAGGAGCGGCACUUCCUGCAGCAGGCCACGCAAGUCAACGCCUGGGACCGCACGCUGAUCGAGAAUGGCGAGAGGAUCACCAGCCUCCACCGCGAGGUGGAGAAGGUGAAGCUGGACCAGAAGCGGCUGGACCAGGAGCUCGACUUCAUCCUGUCGCAGCAGAAGGAGCUGGAGGACCUGCUGAGCCCGCUGGAGGAGUCGGUCAAGGAGCAGAGCGGCACGGUGCACCUGCAGCACGCCGACGAGGAGCGCGAGAAGACCUACAAGCUGGCGGAGAACAUCGACGCGCAGCUCAAGCGCAUGGCCCAGGACCUCAAGGACAUCAUCGAGCACUUGAACACGGCGGGGGGCCCGGCCGACACCAGCGACCCGCUGCAGCAGAUCUGCAAGAUCCUCAACGCGCACAUGGACUCUCUGCAGUGGAUUGACCAGAACUCGGCGCUGCUGCAGAGGAAGGUGGAGGAGGUGACCAAGGUGUGCGAAGGCCGGCGCAAGGAGCAGGAGCGCAGCUUCCGCAUCACUUUCGACUGA